GAUGCUGCGGGCGGCGGAGCGGGAGAGAGCGGCGGCGUCGGCGGGCGAGGAGGGCCCAGCACCGGGCCCAGCAAGUGGCUGGGCCUCGGGGCCCUGCUGCUGACCGGCCUCCUCCUGCAGCAGCUGCUGCUCAACGUCUGGCUGCUGGGCGCUUGGCUGCUGGUGGCGCUGCUGGGCGGCUGGCUGGGCGCUCAGCUGGUGCUGGGGGCCGGGAGCCCGGUCCACCUGGAGAGGUUCAUCCGGCUGGAGGCGCGGGGAGGAGGGGCGGCGGCGGCGGCGGCCGGGUCCGAGGGGGCGGCCUCCUCCCUCCUGUCGGCCGAGAUCCAGGCCACGCUGGGCAAGAUCGUCCGCGACUUCGUCAGCUCGUGGUACCGCCGGGCGGUGAGCCGCGAGCCGGGCUUCGAGCGCGAGGUGCGCGAGGCCCUGCGGGCGGCCGCGCUCGAGCUGCAGGCCCGCGCCGGGCGGGCCGACGGCAAGGCCGUGGCCGGGGGAGCCCUGCGGCUGUGCGGGCGCCACCUGGAGCGCUACGCGGCGGCGGUCGGGCGGGCCGGGUCGGCGGGAGACACCGAGGCGGUCUGGCGGGCCUACCUGGGAGCGGCCGGGCGGCUGGACCCGCAGCCGCCUCACGAGGCCGCGGUCGGCGGCCCGGCGGCCGAGCUGCCCCGCGCGCGGGCCACGGUCGAGCUGCUGCUGCGCGCGCUGGUGCCGGCGCCGCAGCUGCGCAGCCGCACGGGCCGCCUGCUGGUGCGCGAGCUGUUGGCCUGCAACGUCUUCCUGCCCCUGGUCGGCAAACUGAGCGACCCCGACUGCCUCAACAGCGCCAUCGUGGGCAUGGCGGCCAAGAGGGGUAAAGGCGUGCGGGGUGGGGGGGGAGGAGGAGGAGGAGGAGGAGAGCAGCAGCAACAACCACCACCACCCCCGCCAUCAUCAUCUUCAUCAUCGUCGUCGUCGUCGCAGGAGCAACCGCCGCAACAGCAGCAUCGUCGCCUUCUUCAACCGGAGCGACGACAACAACAACAACAACCGCCGCCCUCUUCGUCGUCGUCAUCUUCGUCGUCAUCAUCGCAGGAGCCGCCGCCGCCACAGCACCACCGGCGUCUUCUUCCUCAACCGGAGCGACAACAACAACAGCCGCAACCGCAACGGCAGCAGCAACAACAACAACAACCACCCCACCACCGCCACACCGACAACAGGAUCACCGGAGGGUACGCCGUCCGCGAAAGGACACCCACCCCCAAGCCCGCAGACUUGCCGAGCUGCUCGCCCGGAGGGGGGCCCAACGCGGGCGGCCACGGGGAGCCCGUCGGGGACGGGGCCGGCGAUUACCGGCAGAGGCCGGAUAAGUUGACCUUGUUCUAUUCGUGCGAGGAGUACGACCCCGACGACUCUCCCCCCUUUUCGGACGCGAGGAAGGACUCCGCCGAUUCUACGGCGCCGCCGACGGCCGAAGAAACUCUUGCGGAGAGGCUGGCGCCCACCGGACUGUCUCAGCCUUUGGAGACGGCAGAUGAUGGAGGCGGAGAUGAGCUGACCACCGCUGGUCAAUUAACCGUUUCGGACACGGACGCCGCGAGCGCGCCAUCGUUUGACCAGAACCCGGAGUCCGUGGGGUUUGAGAAUGCGUCCGACGAGGACGGGAAGGAUGAAAUCUUUUCCAAGUUGGCAGCUUCUUCCACCGUAUUGGCCCACGAGACCAUCCGGAUUCUUUCGCGACAGCAGUCGUUUCAGGAAAAGGAGUGCGUUCCAUCAGACAGUCCCACCAGUAACUCCUUGGACGUCCAUUCCGCAGAACUCGCACAUACCUCCUCGCCCACGGGACUGAAUCUGCCCACGUACGCCUUUGACCCACUUUGCAGCCCUGAUACGCCUGUGGUCAUUCAGAACUUGAGAAUUUGUGGAACCAUCACAGCAAAGGAACACAGAGGCGGAGGGUCACACCCUUACACUCUCUACACUAUUAAGUACGAAACUGCACUGGACACGGAUCACCCUGGAACGCUCCAGCAGGUGGCUUACCACACUGUGAACCGACGCUACAGCGAGUUCCUGAACCUGCAGACCAGACUGGAGGAGAAGACGGAACUGCGCAAACUCAUCAAAAAUGUGAAGGGACCAAAGAAGCUCUUUCCAGACUUGCCUUUUGGAAACAUGGAUAGUGACAAAGUUGAGGCUCGGAAAAGCCUUCUCGAGUCCUUUCUUAAGCAAUUAUGCGCAAUUCCUGAAAGUGCAAACUGUGAAGAAAUGCAGGAGUUUCUAGCUCUGAACACUGAUGCCAGGAUCGCUUUUGUGAAGAAAUCAAUCGUAUCCCGGAUUGACAAGAUUGUGGUUAGUGUGAUUGUGGAUACACUGAAGACUGCAUUCCCCCGAGCAGAACCCCAGAGCCCUACAGAGGAGGUGGGAGAGUGCGAGGUGGAUGGAAAAUCUCAGUCAGACGGAAAAAAAACGACCAAAUCUCGUCUAAGGUUUUCAUCCAGUAAGAUUGCACCAGUCCUGAGUGUUGCUGAUAUUCAAGCAAAAGUCACCUAUUGCUUCAAUGAGAAUCGCUUGCCAUCAGAGGGCCUUUGCUUAGCGGGGAUGGAGGAUUUCAUUUUGGAGCAAGAGAGGCUGCUGGAGAGAAUGCAGACAAGCGCGGGGGUAAAAGGGACCAAAGAGGAGAUCAACGUAGAAGGAGAGGUUUCAGCCAAGAGACCGCAGAUCGUUCCUUCACCAUCUUUUGACCGGAAUUUCAAUUCAGAUUCUGAAAUGGCCUUGGCAGAUGUUGCCCUGGAUGUUCUGUGCUUGUUGAUGAAGGAUCACUGGAGUUGGCUUUGCACUGAAAAUAUGCAGAAGGUUAUAAGGCUUCUGUGUGGGACCCUGCUAGAAAGGUGGCUUGAGGUGCAGAUUGCUAACUUGACGUGCACCCAACACUGGGUUGUGUACCUCAGGCUUUUACAGGAAGCUAUCUGGCCUGGAGGAACUCUGCCAAAAUGGCCAAAGCCGGUCAGGUCACAGGAACAGAAACAGCAGACGCAAGAACAAGCCUACCAGUCUCUGAUGAAGUUACUGCCAGCUCUGGUGCCUGAGGUCCUUGGUGAAGAGGGAUAUCGCAAGAGUUGGCGUCACAUCUUAGACUCGCUACAGAAUCCUUUGAUAAACAGACAUCUGGUCUACUGCAUAUGUGACCUGCUGUUGGAAUUUCUGAUCCCAGAAGCUUCGAGUGAAGAGUUCCAAAGGUCUUUGCUUUCCUGCGUUUCUGGCAGCGUGGAGCGAGUUCCAAACUAAGGCAGGAAUCGUUGACAAAACACCAUUCGGGUAUCAUUACAGCUGGUUGACGGAAAUUGAAGCACAAAUGAGAUCUGCUGUGCACAGUAGUGGAAUGUGCAAGAUAACUUCUUAGGAGCUUGAAUGUAGUACAUUUUAAGGCAAGUUCAACAAAGCGAUGCUCCCUUUAUAACCUGGUAGUUUCAUCUUUACAGAGAAACAAAUUAGAGCAACCACCUAAUUUCCAUUCUUGACCAACACGCAGACCAUUACAAGUUAACAUGUAUUCUAAUUAUUAUUGCACUUUGGUAUUUGUGUGACUUUGCCAUCUGUUGCUUAAUUUAUUUAAAAGAGUCUUUCAUUGGCGUUGAGCAAAAGUAUUAUUUUCGUCCAAUGGCAUAAUGUUGCUAAUUCGUUAAAGUUAUUAUUAGCGGGCUAUUUAUUGAAAAGUGUGUAUUACAUGUGUUCUGUCAACACCUCGCUACCUUGGGUUAAUUCAUCAGAUCCAAACUAACCUGACAAGAAGGUGACGGGCUACUUUUAGUUGAGAAAACGCCCUGUUAUGCGGUUAUUUUAAAAAAAUACAAUGGGAAAAAAAGGUUGUUAGAAUGUUUUGUGUUUCAUUAAAAUGGAAAUGUGGCUAUUUAAUAUGAUGGGUGUUCAAAAUGCUCUGGAGUCAUGCUGUGUACACCAUCUACCCAACUUAUGUUCAUUGGUUCCUUGCUUUCACUAACCUACUAGCUAUUCUUUCUAAUAAUCUAUCCACAUUAAUGGCAGAGUUGGGCUUGCUUUGGUUAUCUAAGGAGAUCAUUUCUCCAACUGCACGGCUUAAUUGUUAUUGAUGUUCUCACAAUUCCUGGAAUAGAAAUAACAAGUAAUGUAGAUUCUGAAUAGGUAAGUUUACUAACUUGAACACCUUCUAGUAAUUGGAACAGAAGGAGAUGAAGCACACCCACAUUCCAACAUGACUUCCAGGAGCCGACCACUUUUAUUGUUUGUAAUACGUAGUGACUUUGCCGCACUUUAGCUCAAGAUAUAACUGGAAAUAUGAGGAGACGAGAGCAGUCGAUUUAUAACUGAGAAAGCAUUGGAAAGUGAGAGCUUCGAAACAAGCAGGAUUGUGCACUUUUCACUUCUUUGUGUUAAUUCUUUUCAUCUUUCAUUCUUUGGGUUGUGUUCAGUGCUUUUCACUUCCUUCAAUGUUUGGAGGUAGAAGCUACAUUCUGAGAUUCUUUCCGACCUACAAGAUGUAUUGUGCUUUCCCUGGCUGCGUGAUCGAUGCUGUUAUGGGUAUAGCUUCGAAUAUAUCAAAGACUUUUACAUUUGUAGCCGUAUUAAUGGUUGAAACUUAGGUAUUUAAAUGCAAUGUUGCAAUCUGUGAAGUUACUGUUAUCCAAUUGUCAUUUACUAGAAUUCCAAUUCACAAUAAAUACUGUAACAUAUCUUAA